AUGGCCGAGGUGCUCGAGGCCGGCCCGGACGGCUUCGACCUGUCCGCCGAGCUGGACGCCACGUCGAUAUCAACCACAAUGAAGACGUGCAGCGCCUGCCACGAGGACAAGCCGCAGGAUGCCUUCUCCAAGAAGGCGUGGAAGGCGCGGCAGGUCCGCCGCUGCGUCGAAUGCACGACCGCGGACAAGCCGGUCACGGUGAAGAGCAAGGGCGGUGGCGCGGCGGCGGCGUCGCCGUCGCCACGCGUCACGCCGGCGAAGGGCAAGGCGACGCCGCCACGCGCCGCGGGCGGCGGAGACGACACCGAACUCCCGCUCGAUUCCCCGCCGUUCAAGGCCUACGAGCGGAAGCACGGCACGAUGGCGGCGCUGCACCGCAGCGCCGAAGGCGGCGACGGGAAGGCCUACGCGGAGCUCGGCUACAUCUAUGCGCACGGCAACGGCGUCGUCCCGGACCAGGAAACGGCGUGCAAGUACUGGAUCGCGGGCGCGGCGAUCGGCGACGUCGAGUGCCAGGGGACCCUCGGCGCCCGGUACUGCAUGGGCAACGGCGUCCCGAUGGACGCGGCCGAGGGCUUCCGCUACUAUAAAAUGUCCGCCGACCAGGGCUGCGUCCAGGGCCUCAACGGCAUGGCCACGUGCUACGAGAACGCCGAGGGCGUCGCGCAAGACCUCGACGAGGCGCGGCGCCUGCUGGAGCUGGCGCUCGAUAAAGUUCACGCGGACCCCGCGGCCGCCGGCGGCGCGAAGCGCGCGAAGGUCUACCACGACGACAUCAUGACCGCGCUCGCGCGCAUCGACUCCCGGAGACGCGGCGGCAUGGGCGCGGCCUUUGCGGUCACCGGCGAGCGACGCGACGGGACGGGCUUCGCCGAGGUUAUGCCUCAGAUGCCCUACUAG